AUGUCUUCACAACCAGGCCUCAACAAAGAAUACCGCGGCCCAGCCUACUCAACCUCCGCCUUGGCCUCGCCCGACGACCUCGAGUCCGGCACCGCCCCAGACUCGAUCCCCAGCAAACUCGAGCUCGACAACGACGACGUCGUCGCCCAGCAGUCCCGCUUCCGCGCCGCCUCGACAGUCACCAUGACCCCCGAGCUGUUUGAGAAGCUCUAUCUGUCGCCCAAGACUGCUGUCGCUGGUGAUCUCCGUCAGAGAUUUGCGAAUCCUACUCCGUUAGCUCUGGCGGGACACAUCCUAUGCAUCUGUCCUCUGGGCUGCAACCUCAUCGGCUGGAAAGGAUCAGGCGGCUCCGGCGCCGCCUCGACCGGCGGCUACGUCUUUGUCGGCGGCCUGCUCCUGUUCACCGCCGGCCUGCUCGAAUUUUUCCUCGGAAACACAUUCCCCUUCGUCGUCUUCUGCGCCUUUGCCGGCUUCUGGUUCUCCUUCGCGGCAACACUGAUCCCGUCCUUCAACGCGUACGGCGCAUAUGCCGCCAGCAGCGAGAGCGCGGCGUCGGGGAUCUCGACGCAGGGAUUCGAAGCCUCGUUUGGGUUCUAUCUUUUAUUCUGGACCGUGUUUGUCAUGAUCCUGCUCGUGUGCUCGCUGCGCACAAACUUCUGCUUCUUCUUCCUCUUCUUCACCCUCGAGUUUUGCUUCAUCUGCCUCACUGUCGGCUACUUCCGGCUCUCGGAAGCCAGCGCUGUGUCGGGUUCUAAACUCGUGCAGGCUGGCGGCGGCUUCGCGCUCGCGUGUGGGCUCACGGGGUUUUAUAUCUUUCUCUCGCUCAUGCUUGUCGCGGUUGACUUUCCGUAUCUGCUGCCGGUCGGCGAUAUCAGUCACUUGAUGGUCGGGUACCAGGAGCGGCGACAAAACACGAAUUGA